UUAUAAAAAAAAAAAACAAUUCAAGGAAUUUUCUUCUAUUUAUUUACGGGCGUAAAGUUCGGCUAGUUCAACGCUCAUUUUAAGUGGAACGUGUGUACAUCUUCGUAACACUUUACCGACCGGAAACCUAUUGAUAGACGUUUCUGCUGUUAACGCUUAUCGACCGGGAGUCUUUUAAUCAAGCUGCCGGCGUGUUUCGUCAUUAAUCGCAGUUCGUUUCCGUACUAACCGAAGCGCAACAAGCUCGUGUGUAUUACGUGACAGUUCGUGUGACGCGUAUUACACUGGAAUUAAUUGUGUUUUUUUUUUUUUUUACCUAACCUGAUCAAUCGGUUUCGUGCAUAACACGCGUGAGAAGUGCGUGGAAAACAGCUGUGUAUCAUUCACAGCCACAACAAGUGGCUGAGAGAACACAUAAGUUCGGAACGAAAGUUACAACAACGGAAUUUUCACUCUACACAAAAUUAUGAAUCGAGAUAAUGAGAUCAAAGAAUUCUGUGUGGAUAAUUUGUCAGAAUGUUCCGACGGUUCAGAGAGCGAUGACGAGAAGGACACAACCGAUUGGAAUCAGUGUUCUUUAUCUGAGGUAGUAUACAAAGAUUCAGAUAGUGAAGAUGACAAUGGAGAAGAAGAAGAAGAAAAAGAAGAAGAAGAAAAAGAAGAAGAAGAAGAAGACAGUGUGUGGUCAACGAAGGAUGAACCAAUUACUCUGGAACCCUUUGAAGGCAGCCCCGGCAUAAAAAUCACGCCUAACUCUCAAAACGUGGCGGACGUCGUGAAUCUGUUCAUGGGAGCGGACCUUUUCGAGCACAUGGCAAAUGAAUCCAACAGAUAUCACUAUCAAAUAUUGAACACGUACAAAAUUCCAUCAAAGACAAAGAAAUGGAGAGACAUCACGGUGGCCGAAAUGAAGAAGUUCUUAGGUCUAAUUGUUCUAAUGGGACAAGUAAAGAAGGACAUGGUCCACGAGUACUGGUCGACCGAUCCGGCAAUUGAAACCCCAUUCUUCUCGAAAGUAAUGAGCAGAAACCGAUUCAUGCAGAUCUUGCAGACGUGGCAUUUUUCUAACAACGACAACAUAGCUGUCAAUUCGAACAGACUCGUCAAGAUUCAGCCUGUUGUCGAUUAUCUUAAAAUGAGAUUCAACGAAGUUUACAAACCCGGUCAACAAUUGUCGUUGGACGAGUACGUCAUACCGUGGAGCAGCAGAUCCAUUUCCUUCAGAACGUGCAAUUCUAAAACCACCAUGAAGGAUGGUCUGCUCUUUAGAGCACUCUGCGAGUCUGCUACAGGAUAUAUCUGCAAUUUCGAGAUACGCCCUACCCGAGAAGAGAAGCUGGAAGAUACUGUUUUGACGGUUACGGAACCUUACAGAAAUAUGUGGCAUCAUGUUUACCAAGACAAUUAUUACAACAGUGUGAAUCUAACUCGAACUCUGUUGAGCAACAAGACACGAACGUGCGGCACGAUUCGAAAGAGCGGAGGUUUUCCCCGCGCUCUUCAAUCGGUGAAGCUGUCGAGUGGCGAAAUCGCGUUUCGUCGAAAUCGCGACGUUCUCUUGCUAAUAUGGAACAACGGCGCGAGAAACAUGAACGUGAUAUCGACGAUACACAACGCGCAAUUGAUGAAAGUCGAAAGCGCGACGAACAAGAAGUCGCAAAAAUCGAUCAAAAAACCCGCGUUGAUACUGGAUUAUAACAAAUACAUGAAGGGAGUUGAUCGUGUGAAUCAUUAUCUUGAGUUCUAUUCGAUUUUGAGAAAGACAAAGAAGUGGACUACGCGAGUUGUGAUGUUUCUCAUCAACUGCGCUCUCUUCAACUCGUUCAAAUUAUACACGGAACUGAACGGGAGAAAGAAGAUGUUCAAAAAAUUCUUGCGCGACGUGGCGGUCGCGUGGAUAACAAAUUGCGAGAGUAAACAACGAACAGAUGUAACGAAUACCGAGCAAUCGGAUGAUUCGUCAAUUACCGAACGAACGGAUCUGUCGAACACGCGAUCCUGUUCGGUCGAAGAGAAUGAAACAACGGAGUCGCCCGAUGCGCCGAUCACUCCCGAACCCGCGAGAAGAACACCCAAGAUGGAUCAUCCGGACAGAUUGACAAAUUUGAAGAAACACAAACUUAUCAAAAUAAUCAGCAACGGCAAAAGCAAAAUGCCCCAAAGACAGUGCAGAGUGUGCGCGUCGAAAAAGAUAAGAAGCAGAACGUGCUUCAUCUGCGUCUUUUGUUCUGUCCCGUUGCACAAAGGUGACUGUUACCAGCGCUAUCACACUUUAAAAAAAUACUAAAAGAAAAACUGUCUUCGCGACGAAAACUUACUGUUUAAAUUUUUGUUGUUCAAACACGUUACCAGUCUCCAAAAAAUAAUUCCAUUGUAUAAAUUUCAUAUUUGCGUUGAAAACCUUAAUAUCGACAAUAUUAAGGUACGGUCCAAAUGUGUGCGACAAAAAAAAGCGAAAAAAAAAACACACUUUUCGAUCUGGUUGAUCGAGCGUUAAAUU